ACACACACACACACACACAGCAGUGACACACACAGGCCUCCCUGUGUUUCCAUCUGAUGGGAAGGCGCAGCAUCAGGCCUCUGAAUAGUGUUUAACUCAACUUCUACAAGAAUUCGCGUUUCUAACUUUGAAUCAGCUUCAGAGGAAACGUACGGACACGUCGUUCUGACUCUGUUUUGUUCCUUCAGGCUGGCAGACGUGUCUGUAGGUUUCCAUUCCUGAGAAACGAAAGUCAAGACGGUUUUCCGCGUCGUGUUGUUCGCGCGAAUCUGUUCAGGCGGUUAGUUUCUUGAUUCGUCUCUCUGAAUAUCCCGACAGCUGCCGAGCUUCGCCUCAGGGCGGCGAGUUCGCGUCUGUUCGCCUCUCGCGAAACGAACGUCCCGCCUCUGAACUUCGCGGCAGGGAGGACAUUUCAGGCUGCUGCUCACAGCAUUCAGAGCGAAGCAGAAGUCAGACAUCACCGAGAGUUUCAGAGCAAACAUUACUGAGCUAUUGAGGACUCAGCUGAGCGAUGAGUGCUGCUCACAGUCAAACAACACUGAAGUCCAAACUGGACGCCCUGGAGUGCCACUUCACCUGGGAUUUGGACCCCAGCAGGUCCAAACUUUUACGUUUCAGGGACAAGUUGAAGGACAUUGGAACUGAGGAGGGAAACAGCUGGCUGGGGCACAUUUACAACCUGCGGGGGUACAUUCAGUACAGGCUGGACUUAACCGAAGACGCCCAGAGUUUGUUCAGCGCGGCUGCAGAGGCCCUCCGCCAAACAAGAAGAGCAGACUCGGCUGAGGGUCCCUGGUUAGUGGUCAACUAUGGGAACCUGGCUUGGCUGCACCAUCGCCUGGGCAAACAAGCAGAGAGUCUGGCUUACCUGUCAAAGGUGGACGAUCUGAUGAAAAAAUAUCCAUCUCCGUCUCAGGACGAGCUCCAUCCAGAGAUCUACGCUGAAAAAGCCUGGACCCUGAUGAAGUUCAGUACAGACAAAAAGAUGUUGGCCGCAGAUUACUUCGAGAGAGCCAUCAAGAUGCAGCCAGACAUGGUGGAGUGGCGCACCAGCCAUGCCUUAGCAUUAGUCAGUGCCUUUAAGCACAGCGACACAGGGCUGGAGGCUGACAUCUUAGAGAAAAUGAGAAUGGCCAAGGAACAGGAUCCAGACAACUUGUACCUCGCUGUUCACUACCUCGACCAGCGUGCUAAGAAAGGAGACCGAGUUGAAGAUGAAGCCCGGGAGUUAGCUCAAAAGGUUCUGAGAAAUCCUGUCAGCAGCUACUGUGGCAUGAAAGCAAUACUAAGGGUUUACAGACACUAUGUGUCUGUUGAUGAGGCCAUUGAUUUGGCAGAGGAGGCUCUGAGAAACCAUCCAGAUGAACGUUACCUGAAGAGAUGUGCUGCACUCUGCUACAAAUGGAAGAUCAUUUUUUUCAGCGAUAGUCGCCCAAACCAGAGCACCAUCGACAGAGCAAUCAGUCUCCACAAGGAGGUGAUUUCUCUUUACCCUCAUUCUUCACUUGUGAAGAAAAUAGAUCUCGCAAAUAUAUACGCAAAGUCACAUCGCAGCCAGGCUAGAGCUGAGCAGAUGUACCAGGAGCUGCUGAAAGGCGAUCUAGAACCUGCAGACAAACAGAUGCUUUACAACAGUUACGCAAAAUAUUUAAACUUUGAUAGAAAGGAUCGGCACAUGUCAAUACAGUAUCACAUGAAGGCAGCAGAGAUACGCGAACAGUCCUUCUUUCGUGACAACAGCAUCAAAGUUCUGGAGAAGAUUAGAGACAGAAGCAGGAACCGAAUGUGUAGAGAAAUUGAGGCGUUUCUGGCCAACCUGCAAGAGCCUUAAAGUGUUCUGAGAAAUUUUAGCUUUGUAAAUAUAGCAUUAUGGGGUCUUACACUGGUCAUUGGUCAGCGUUUCACAGUCUUAAAGUUUUAACAUUUGAAUGAUUGACCUGCCAUAAUCUGCCUCUUUGGAUAGGUGUGGAGGAUUCACGUGCUGUUUGACCGUUUAAAAAGCACUUUGACAGAAUCAUAUUCACUCUUUUAAAGCAGAGACAUCGCAGCAUUCACAACUCAAAUUAAUAGCAGCGUUAGCAGUUUGUUUCAGUGGAAUUGCAAGAUACACUGGCAAAUUUGAAGUCAAUCACUAAGAACCAUUUUACAUAGUCCAACUUGGGGAAUACAAAUAGAAAUUUGUGCUGCCAACAGGAAGUCUUCUUGACGUUACUGAUCUGUGGGCCAUCAGAGAGCCGAAGAAUCCAAAAAGGAUAAAGUUCUCGUAGCUUAUUAGUCAUGUGCCAUAAUCCAGUUUGCUUAGCGCGUCUGUCAGAGUCUGUCAGUGCUCUACAAAAACACUCCUGGUGAAAAUAAACUGCUAGCCUGUUAGCUCUGAGCGCCUUUCCCACUUCAAGGACUGUUUAGUAAAUGAAACAAUGUAGGCGAUUAGCUCAUAUUAGCAAUUAGCUCGUCAGUUACAGUAUUCCUCUGACUGUAGUCACCAUAUCACCAAGCUUUCCCUAUUAAGCAAAGAUGUGUAAAUAAUUUUACCUUCACAUGCCAAUAAAUGUGCUUAUGUUACUUGCUAGCUUGUCAUUGUUAACGGAAACCAAAAGCUGUUGUAAGAUGAAUCCAACUGAACAGUUUUCAUUAAACAAACUCAAUUAUUUUAAGUCGAUGGUCCUUUAAUGUUUAAAGACCAGAAUUCAGUCAGUUAACUCUGAUUAAUUAAAACAUCACCUGAUCUCCUGUUCUUCUCCGGACUCAUGUUGCUGACAAUACCUCCGUUGUUUUGAUUUUUUUUAAGCUGUUUCUUAAACUUCAUAUAAGAACAUAAUACUUUAUGUGGAAUACACUUUGCUGUAAGCUUUGAGGCCAUGAAAAUAAAACCCUGAUUUGUGUUGUAACGAGCUAGUAAAUCUCAUGUAUAACCGGAAUAUCAUCACCAGAUAUGAAACUGAUUGUAUUCAUAUUCUCAUAUGCUAUGAAUAUGUAAGUAUAUGACGCUGUGGCUUAGAUGUGCACAACACUAUUAAACAAACAUUAUGUACACUAA